AUGUACGGCUUCCGCGCGUGCCUGAGCUUCCUGCUCCCGAUCCUCCUGGGCGAGCCGGACGCCGCCGCGCUCGCGGUUCCGAUCGUCCUCCUCGAGGUCGCGGUCGUCGGAACGCUUCUCGCGCGAUUUUUCGGUCGGUCCGUGCGAUCUAACGACCGCGACGACCGGAACGGCGUCGGAACCACCGUGGGCCCCCCUGGGGCGGUCGUCGAGCGCGCGCCGCCGAUCCGCGCGUCGCUGUUCAGCCGCCACGUCUUUGCGAACAAGUCGCUCGAGGCGGCGUACAUCGCGCGCGCGAUACGCAAUUGCGAGCGAUCGACCGAGUACUUUUGCAUGGUCACGGCGCGUUCUAUACACUGGUUCCCAUACGACCGCGUUCGCGUGGUGAACGCCGAUCCUUAA